AUGGGAUUCAAAUUGCCUUUUCGCUACAGUGAUCCAAAUGUCCAAGUCUUCUUGGUCGGCUUCAUUUGUUUCUGUUGUCCUGGUAUGUUCAAUGCCUUGAAUGGUAUGGGCGGUGCCGGUCAAGCUGAUCCAAAGACUACAAACGAUGCCAACACUGCUUUGGCUGUUACAUUCACUGUCUGUUCCUUAAUUGGUGCUCCUGUUUACAACAUCUUUGGUCAUCGUAUUCUCUUGCCUGCUGGUCUCGCAUAUGUCUUGUAUGUUGGCUCUUAUCUCACCCCUAAUCCCGCUUUCACUAUCGCUACUGGUGCCAUCCUUGGUAUUGGUGCUGGUUUCUUAUGGACUGCUCAAGCUGGUAUCAUGAUGUCCUAUCCUGAUGAAAAGGAUAAGGGUAAGGCAUUCUCUAUCUUUUGGAUGAUCUUCAACCUUGGUGCUACUGUUGGUGCUGCCAUUCCUCUUGGUAACAACUGGAGCAACAAUGGCACUGGCACCGUCAAUCAAGGAACUUACAUUGGUUUCAUGGUCAUCAUGGCCUUCGGUGCUUGUUUGUCUCUUGUUCUCUUGCCUGCUUCCAAGGUCAUUCGUGCCAACGGAUCUCCUGUCUCUCUUCACAAAUUCUCAAACUGGAAGCGUGAAUGUAUUGAAGUUUUCCGCUUGUUCAUGGACUGGAAGAUGCUUAUCUUGAUUCCCCUUUUUGCUGGUUCAAAUUGGUUCUACACCUAUCAAUUCCAAGUUUACAACGGUGGUGGAUUCUUCUCUCUUCGUGCUCGUUCUUUGAACAAUCUCCUCUACUGGCUUUGUCAAAUCGUUGGUGCUGGUUUCUUUGGUUGGUUGCUUGAUUGGAGCAAGCUCGGUAACCGUAAGAUGCGUGCUCUUCUCGGCAACACCUUCAUUCUCGCUGUCUUGGUUGCCUCUUGGAUUGGUGCUAUUUUCGUCCAAAAGAAGUUUACUUUUGAGAGCGUCAAAGAGCCUGGAUUUGUUCAAGUUGAUGUCUAUUCUCCUGGAUUCGCUGGCUAUAUCAUCUUGUAUGCCGUCUUUGGUUUGAUUGAUGCCAUCUAUCAAGGUUUCAUCUACUGGUUGCUUGGUACAAUGACCAACGAUAACGAACGUGCUGCUCGUUAUGGUGGUUUCUACAAGACCAUUCAAAAUGCUGCUGCUGCCAUUGCUGCUCAAGUUGAUGCCAUCCACACUCCUUUCAUGACCCAAAUCUACAUCAAUUUGGCUAUUGAAGGUGCUGGCUUGCUCUUGGCUUACAUUGUCUGCUUCAGAGUCUCUGAUGUCACUGUUGAACAUGUCGACAACUUGAUCGAUGGUCAAGCUUCUGAAGUUAUGGUCGGUGGCCAAGUUGAUACCAUUGAAGAUGGCAAGAGAGAUGUCAAGGUUGAACAUGAAGAAAAGGCCUAUGCCAUCUCUCAUACUUCCUCUUAA